AUGAACCUGCUGAGGGAAGAAGCCUUGGUCUUUUCUGCUGUGGAGGAUCGACCCACAGAACUCUUUCCACCGCUGUUGAUGGAGGCUUUUCAUGGGAGAUGCAUCGAGACCCUGAAGGCCAUGGUGCAAGCCUGGCCCUUUGUCCACCUGCCUCUGGGGGACCUGAUAGACAUGCCUCAUGUGGGGCCCUUACAAGCAGUGCUGGAAGCGCUUGAUGCCCUGCUUGCCCAGAAGGUUCAAUCCAGGAGGUGCAAACUGCGGGUGCUAGAUCUACACGAUACUGGCCAGAACUUCUGGAGCAUGUGGUCUGGAGCCAGCACUCACGGGUGCUCAAGCUCACGAAUGGCACAAGUGGCUGAACACAGGUCAAUGACAAAGCAGCACUUGGCCCCGUUUAAAGUUUUCAUAGACCUUUGUCUGAAGAAAAGUACCCUGGAUAACUUCCUCACCUACCUCCUCAGUGAGAUGAGUAAUGUGCAGAGACUCUUUCUCUCCCACAUCCACCUGCCUGCCUUCGAGAAGCAGGAGCAGGGUCAUGUCCAAAUUACCUCUCAGUUCCUCAGGCUGCUCCACUACCGGGACCUCCAUCUGGAAUCUCCCUCCUUCCUUGAAGGCUGCCUGGACCAGAUGCUCAGGUGCCUGAUGACCACCUUGGACAACCUCUCAAUAACUAACUUCCAGCUUACAGAAUCAGACUGGAUCCAUCUGUCCCAGUGCCCGAAUAUCAGUCAGCUAAAAGGCCUGGAUCUGCGUGGUGUCAGGCUGACCGACUUUAGUCCUGAGCUCCUCCACGUUCUGCUGGAGAAAGUUGCAGACACUCUCCAGGAACCGGACUUAAGUCAGUGUGGAAUCAUGGACUCCCAACUUGAGGCCAUCCUGCCUGCCCUGAGCAGCUGCUCCCAGCUCAGGUCCUUCAGCCUGUGUGGGAACCUCCUUUCCAUGGCCGUCAUGGAGAAGAUGCUGCAACACACCACUCAGGUGGAUUCUGGGGACCUCUCCUUCAGAGGGCCAGGGCCAGUUGUCCUGCAGAGAUGCAAGAAGGAGGAUAGUGUGUGA